AUGCCCGCGCCCGUCCCCCUGUUCACCCCCGGCGCGAGCACCAGCUACGCGCCCGCGCGCCCACCGCCCUUCGCGGCACCCACGACCGCAGCACGCGCGAUCUCGCGCCCCGUGCUCACCUUUUCGCCGUUCGACGACCCGCCCGGCGCGGCGGACUACGUCCCGCCGACCCCGACCUCGGGCCGCUCGCGCGACGACGGGCUGUCGUACCGCUCGCGCGGCGGCGCGUCGGACGCGUCGGGCGCGUACGAGUACGGAUACGCGUAUGGGUACGGGAACGGGAACGGGAACGGGAACGGGAACGGGAACGAGAACGCGCCCGGGCGCUCGGUGAGCCCCGGCGCGUUCAGCGCGUUUAGCGAGUUGAGCGCGUUCCCAAGGCCGCCGAGCAGGAACCCGCUCCCGCUCCCGCCGGUGCCCGCGAGCCCGAACAGCCAGCUGUGGAUGGAGCGCCGAAUACGAGACCUCGCGUGA